AUGGCCAAAAAAUCUAAAUCCCGCACCGUCGCCGUCCGCCUCAUCUCCAUGGCCAUGACUGGCUACUUCCGCACAAUGAUCCGCCCCCGGACGCACCGCCCGCUCAGCAUGCUCAAGUAUGAUCCGGUUGUCAAGAAGCAGGUACUCUUUUUGGAGGCUACCAAGGGUGGGCGCAAUAAAUAA